GGGCCGGGCGAGGUAGGCACCUGGCGGGCUCGGGGCGGCCGGCGGCAGACGCUGCCACCGCGCACUCCUGCCGUCCUCCCCUCCCCGCCCUCGCCCACCUGCCAUGGACCAGGACAGGAUCCUGAGCCUGUGGUCCAACCCGGACGACGCGGACACAAGCCAGACCGUCUGGGGAGAAUACUUCAGAUACAAGGGCAUCCUCUUCCCCAAGGGCCUGUAUUCCCCGGAGAGCAUCAGCCAGGCCGAGAACACCUCCAAUGUGCGGGACGACGACAUCUUCAUCAUCACCUACCCCAAGUCAGGCACCACUUGGAUGAUCGAGAUCCUCAGCUUGAUCCUGAAGAACGGGGACCCCUCCUGGAUCCGUUCGGUGCCCAUCUGGGAGCGAGCGCCCUGGUGCGAGACCGUCAUAAGCGCCUUCACCCUGCAGGACCAGACAAGCCCCCGCCUGCUGAGCUCCCACCUCCCCAUCCAGCUCUUCCCCAAGGCUUUCUUCAGCACCAAGGCCAAGGUGAUCUACCUAAGCAGGAACCCCCGGGACGUGGUGGUCUCCUUCUACCAUUACUCCAAGAUCGCCAGGCAGUUGAAGGACCCUGGCACACCCGAUCAGUUCCUGGAAAACUUCCUCAAAGGCGAAGUGCAGUUCGGCUCCUGGUUCGACCACAUUAAGGGCUGGAUUCGGAUGCAGGGCAGAGACAACUUCCUGCUCCUCACCUACGAGGAGCUGCAGCAGGACCUCCAGGGCUCCGUGCAGCGCAUCUGUGAGUUCCUGGGCCGGCCGCUGGACGAGGAGGCCCUGGGCUCUGUCGUGGCGCACUCGACCUUCGGUGCCAUGAAGGCCAAUUCCAUGUCCAACUACACGCUGCUGCCCACCAGCCUGCUGGACCACCGCCAUGGAGCCUUCCUCCGGAAAGGGGUCUGCGGGGACUGGAAGAACCACUUCACGGUGGCGCAGAGCGAAGCUUUCGACCGCGUCUACCGCGAGCAGAUGCGGGGAAUGCAGACCUUUCCCUGGGACGUGGCCCCGGAGGAAACCAGCCCGGACCCCGAGCCGGACCCCGAGCCCGAGCCCGAGUCCGAGUCCAGUCCCAGCCCCGUCCGUCCUCCGAUCCCGCCCACCAGUGACCCUGAAUAAACACGUCUCUCCAGCCCUGAUCCUGGAUGCGC